CAAACACAAAAAUUCAAAAGAGAACAGGUAUCUGAAUUUCACAUACCUGUUCUCUUUCUUUCCUUUCUCUUCUUCAACGCGCUUACCCUCUAAACCAAAAAUCAUAAUCUCUUCUUUUUGUUUUUAUGCGUUGUGAUCGGGGGGUCCUGUUCUGUUCCUUCGCUAUCUGUUGUUGAUGUUUGCUGAAGGGGAUUCUACGCUUUUGAAUAUCCCCAAAUCUCAGGUGGGUGACGUAAUCACUGCGCCAUUGUUGUUGCACACGCAAUUAUUCUCCUUCUCGAGAAGUAGAUGGGAUAAGGAGUUUUAUGAGCUCCAGAGUGGCAUUGAUUGACAACAGAUUUUGAUUCUUUUUUCCUUGUUGUGGAAUGGAUUCUUCACAAUCACAACAAGGGUCUAAGCUGGCUGGUUUGGUGGAGAAUGCAUCGAUUCAGAGGGAUGGAUCUCGAUUGGGUCAUGGCGUCCCUAUCUAUGCUAAGGAGCUCAUCGCCGGUGGCUUCGCCGGUGCGAUUUCUAAGACCACCGUUGCACCCCUCGAACGGGUCAAGAUUCUCUGGCAGACAAGGACAGCAGGAUUUCAUACUCUGGGUGUGUAUCAAUCAUUGAAAAGGUUAUCAAAGCAUGAAGGAUUUCUAGGACUAUAUAAAGGAAAUGGAGCUAGCGUUAUUCGGAUUGUUCCAUAUGCAGCCUUGCAUUUUAUGACAUAUGAGCGAUAUAAAAGCUGGAUCUUGAGCAAUUAUCCAAUGUUAGGAUCAGGUCCUAUUGUUGAUCUCUUAGCUGGUUCCGCAGCAGGAGGAACUUCAGUAAUAUGUACAUAUCCCUUAGAUCUUGCCCGCACCAAACUCGCUUAUCGGGUAGUAGAGAAAAAAGGCAGUUUCAAAGAUGGUGUGAAAGGAGGUCAUUCUCAAACUGGUCACAACAGCAUUAAAAGUGUUCUUACAAGUGUCUACAGAGAAGGGGGAGUUCGUGGACUUUAUAGAGGUGCAGGACCAACUAUUACUGGAAUACUUCCAUAUGCUGGUUUAAAGUUCUACACGUAUGAGACAUUGAAAUUGCAUGUUCCUGAAGAACAUCAAAAGUCCAUUUUGAUGCGCCUCUCUUGUGGAGCCUUAGCUGGGUUAUUUGGCCAGACCUUAACAUACCCUUUAGAUGUUGUUAAGAGACAAAUGCAGGUUGGUAACUUGGAAAAUGCAGCUCAUGAAAAUGCCAGAUACCGAAAUACAUUCCAUGGACUAAGAACAAUUGUUCAAAACCAAGGGUGGAGACAGUUGUUUGCAGGUGUAAGCAUCAACUAUAUAAGGAUUGUUCCUUCAGCUGCAAUAAGUUUCACCACAUACGACAUGAUGAAGUCUUGGCUUGGCAUACCACCCCAACAGAAGUCUCGAUCAGUUUCCACUGGAUGAUUCAUUCCACAAUGCUCUAUCCCUGGCAGCAAUAUGUUACAUUGCCAUUUUCUGAUUUCUUUAGAGGAAACCCUUUUGAUUAGUGCUCAAGUUUCCCACAAUGAUGAUAGUUGAUACACAUCAAUUCUUUGACCCCAAAUGUAUAUAGAUUGGUCUGUAAUUCAUGAUGCUAUUCAAUAUAGUAGUAGUUAUUACC